CGCGGCUCUCACACCGCCCCCUCCGCCCGGGCUUCCCUCCACCCUCUGCCCGCCCGCUCGCCAGCUCGCAGCCGCGCUCUCCCCGCCCCUCACAGCAGCCUGCAGCCGCGCUCACCGCCGCGGUCCGCCCCGGGACCCGUUAGUGCCUGGCCCGCGGGCCGACCGCGACCCCUGCGUGGCGCGAGCCUGUCCGCACCCCUGCCGACACUUGACCCGGCCCAGUCCCAACGCCCAGUACGGCCGCCCAGGGAGCCGCGAGAGAGGCGGCUGCGGGGGGAGGAGGGAGAGGAGAGCCGAGCCGGCGGCCCGGGAGGCCCGGUUUUGAAGCCGCUUCUCUGCGGGAGUUAGGUCUCGCCCAGCGCAAAUUCUUUCUCUAUGUACUUUGCGAAUAAGUUUUAGAGCAUCGCUUAACAGCCUUUGGGUGAAUUUGGCUUUCAUUCAUGAAUGAGAAAUUAUUCUUGACAGAAAUAUUUUAAAAGAAAAAUCUUUACUAUGGCCUCAGCGGUACUUAGUUCUGUUCCCACCACCGCUUCUCGUUUUGCGCUGUUGCAAGUGGAUAGUGGCAGUGGUUCUGAUUCUGAACCUGGAAAAGGUAAAGGUCGAAAUACUGGAAAGUCUCAAACCUUGGGAAGCAAAUCAACUACAAAUGAGAAAAAAAGAGAGAAAAGAAGAAAAAAGAAGGAACAGCAACAGAGUGAAGCAAAUGAGCUCAGGAAUCUUGCUUUCAAGAAAAUUCCCCAGAAAUCCUCUCAUGCUAUUUGUAAUGCUCAGCAUGAUCUUCCGCUGUCAAACCCAGUACAGAAGGAUUCACGAGAAGAAAAUUGGCAAGAAUGGAGACAAAGAGAUGAGCAGCUGACAUCUGAAAUGUUUGAAGCAGAUCUUGAGAAGGCAUUGUUGCUAAGUAAAUUAGAAUACGAGGAACACAAAAAGGAGUAUGAAAAUGCUGAAAAUGCUUCAACUCAGUCCAAAGUUAUGAAUAAAAAAGAUAAAAGAAAAAAUCAUCAGGGAAAAGACAAACCUCUCACGGUAUCACUAAAAGAUUUUCAUUCAGAAGAUCACAUUAGUAAAAAGACUGAGGAAUUCAGUUCUUCUCAGACUUUAUCACAUGAUGGAGGAUUCUUCAAUAGACUGGAAGAUGAUGUUCAUAAAAUUCUUAUUAGAGAAAAACGAAGAGACCAGCUUACAGAAUAUAAUGGAACAGAUAAUUGUACAACUCAUGAACACAACCAGGAAGUGGUUCUGAAAGAUGGAAGAAUUGAAAGACUAAAGUUAGAGCUUGAAAGGAAAGAUGCUGAAAUCCAGAAGCUGAAAAAUGUGAUCACUCAGUGGGAGGCAAAGUAUAAGGAAGUAAAGGCAAGAAAUGCACAAUUAUUGAAAAUGCUUCAGGAAGGUGAAAUGAAAGAUAAGGCAGAAAUACUUCUGCAAGUUGAUGAAUCACAAAGUAUCAAGAAUGAGCUCACUAUUCAGGUGACUUCACUUCAUGCUGCAUUAGAACAAGAAAGAUCUAAAGUGAAAGUAUUACAAGCAGAAUUAGCCAAAUACCAGGGUGGCAGAAAAGGGAAAAGAAACUCUGAAUCUGACCAGUGUAGGUGAUUACAUUAGCCUUUGAUGUCAACACAAAGUUUAAAACUUUCAAGAUUUUGCAAAAAUGUAUAUAUUUAAUGCUGUGCAACUGCUAAACUAUACAGUUUUUGUUGAAGGAACUAAAAGCAACUAGCUCACUAACAGUCUAUAAUUUUAUUUCUUUUGGCUUAAAGUGAAAAAGAAGAAAUAGAGAAUUCCAGCAGAAGUCAGUGGUUAUUGUUUACUAUCCACUUCUUAUCACUUUAGUUUUUCAUCAGUCAAUAAAAUUAAUUUACUCUUCCACUAA